AUGUUUCGGGAAGUGCUCCUGCUUGGGGGGCUCAUCGUGCUGGGCACCCAUGUCUGGACCCUCCAUAAAGAAUUUGUAGACAUCAGUAAGAACUUAGACUAUUUUGUGGCAUCGGUGCACUUUGCUGUGGCUCGGUUCAAUGACAACAACAUGGAAGAGUACACGUAUAAGUUGCUGGGGGUUGGACAAGCCCAGCAGAAGACAUGGACGAUGAUAUUUUUAAUGGACUUGGAAAUGGGCCGCACAACUUGUAAAAAGCACGUUGAAGACCUUGACAGUUGCCCAUUGCAAGAUGGUGCAGGAGAGAAAAUGGUUCGCUGCACUUUUGUAGUAGACGCCCGACCAUGGUUUUCCCAGUUCAGCCUUCUGAACAGCAGCUGCAGCGCAGGAACAAGUGGUGAUGGCGGCCCCGGCUCCUCACAGCAGAAGCCCCCGCUUCCUCCAGACUAG